UGAAGUUUCAUUGUGCCUCUUCGCAGCUGUGUUGUCAAAGCGACGGCUGCCUGAAAGUUUUCUACUCCGCAAGGGGAGGAACAGUGGAGAGUAGAAAGAGGGAGCAGCUGCGUCUUCGGCUGCACCUGGAAAAGGCGAAGGAGGACGCCGAGGAGGCAGGGCAGCACGAUUCAGACAAACCUGAGGGGACGGGGGUCUCGCUCUAGUCAUGAGUCGAUCCGAACUCAAAGCCCGUUUCCUGGGGGACAAUUAGAGAAUCACCCUUGAGGGACACUGUAAGUGUCCAGAAAGUCAGCAGUGAUGAUGCCGGUCACGACUAUGGUGACACCUGAGUCACGCUAGCCUUGCACCAGAGUGGAGACACACUUCACCGUCACGUCACUGCUGCCCGCUCCCCAAGGCCUCGCCUCCUCAAGAUGUUCGGAUUAUACUGGGAGCGGCACAGAUGCCAGGGAGCAGCAUCAUGGUCAAUGUGACGCUCAAUGCCACACGGGAGCAGAUCCAGGUGCAGUACAACUACCUGGCCCUGGUGUUGGGAGUCCCACUGGUCCUCAUCAUCAUCCUGGGGAACGUGCUGGUGUGCCUCAGCGUGCUGACGGAGCGCUCUCUGAAGACCGCCACCAACUACUUCAUCGUCAGCCUGGCCGUAGCUGACCUGCUUCUGGCCAUUCUCGUUCUGCCGCUCUACGUAUACUCCGAGUUCCUGGGCGGCAUCUGGACCCUGAACACCUACGUCUGUGAUGCUCUAAUGACAAUGGAUGUGAUGCUCUGCACAGCAUCCAUCCUAAACCUCUGUGCCAUCAGUGUGGACAGGUACAUCGCUGUGGUGUCCCCUCUGAAGUACAACAGGAACCAGUUCAGCAUGAGGCAGCUAAUCCUGAUCACGGCCACUUGGGUCCUGUCCUUCGGGGUGGCGAGUCCCGUCAUCUUCGGCCUGAAUGAAGUGCCCGGACGGGACGCCAGCGUGUGUAAGCUGGAGGACGACAGCUUUGUGGUCUACUCCUCCGUCUGCUCCUUCUUUGUGCCUUGCCCCGUCAUGCUGCUCCUUUACUACUGGAUGUUCCGGGGACUGAGGCGCUGGGGGGCCAGCCGCAAGUCCAAAUUGGCGCGGGGGGAGCGGCGCUUCUCGCUGGGUCUCCGCGGCCUCCGGCAUGAGCGAAAGUCCAAGUACCUGGUGCCCGGCUUUAGCCCCACUGAGACUGGCCCGGGACCCACGCCCGAGAGUGACCCCAUCACCGGUCAGGUGGACAGCGCGUCUGACGCAGAGGGCCCCGAGCGGCCCCCAGACAGCAGCCCUGGGGAGAACGGGCUGCAGGGACACGUCUCCAGCUCUGGAAGGGGCUCCAGUAGCAGCCGUGUUAGCGGCCGGGAGCGCAAGGCCAUGAAGGUCCUGCCCGUGGUUGUGGGUGUAUUUCUGGCGUGCUGGACCCCUUUCUUUGUGGUUCAUGUCACCAAGGUUCUCUGCCUGCCCUGCGACAUCGGGCCAACGCUGAUCAGCGUGGUGACCUGGCUGGGUUACGUCAACAGUGCCGUGAACCCCAUCAUCUACACAGCCUUCAACACAGAGUUCCGGAUGGUCUUUCAGAAGCUCCUGUGCUGUCAGACAUGAGGAGCACCGGCCAUGACUUUGGCUCCGGCGCACAUGACGCGGUGCCGUCAACGCCUUCCUUGUCGUCAUGGUGAAACGAGGCAUGCGUGAUGCACAUACAUACGUCUUCAAACUAUGCCGUGUAAUUGCUGUAAAAUAUCGCUUGAAUGCAGUAGACAAAUAACUAUCGAAACCUUAGCCCAGAGGCAUAAAAUAUGUGGAAAAAAAGUUUGUUUGUACUAAAUUCGUGCGAGUUUCUUUGGAAAAACAGUGUAAUCGUCCUGUUUUGUUCUCUCCUCCAUAACAACUUACUUAUUUUAAUUGAAAGAAGGUCCAGCAUCACUCUCUGCGUUAUCCUUUCGAUAUGAAGAAAAUCGUGUUACCCUGUGAAUUUGGCUCAGGAGCUUCCAGUGGCUGCAGAGGCAAAAUGAUUGUGGUUAACAAGUGUAUCUGUCUUCUGAUCUACUGUUACAAAACUGAUGGGGUGAUGGGGGCUCCCUAUGAAGUUCAAAUCCAAGAGGCUUGGGUUUGAUAUUCCCUGAGCAAAGAGCUUUCCCCCAUGGCUCAGUUCCGCAGCUUUCUGGUAGCCUGGCAUCCUGUCUUCUCGUUCUCUCGGUCUCCAUGUCUCGGUUCCUAUGCCGCAGCUCCACCGUUCACCAGAACGGUACUCUUCUAGCACACCUUGCUCUGGAACCUUCUGCCAAAUCAGCAGCCCCAAGCAGGGACGGAUUAUGGGUUGUGUGGGCCCCCCACCCCCACCACCACCACCACCAGCACCACCACCACAACCACCACAAUUCAAGGGCCCUUGGCAGCCAAACGCCCUCCCUAUAGGGUCAGGGGCCCUUGUAGGCAGAGGAUCAAAGAAUGUAGGCCCUCUAAAAUAGACAAACGAAAAUACAUUGUUGAUAAGCGUUGCAAAUUGUUUUGGGCUAGGGGCCCCACGGGCCCCCUGCACCCCAAGGGCCCCUGGGCAGCGGCCCCGCUGGCCCGGUCCGUAAUCCGUCCCUGGCCCCAAGUCCUGGUAGUUGCCUCUUCCCUGUUCUGCCCUAUGGACACUGACUGUAAAGCAGAAAAGCUGGCAAUGCAGGUGGGAAGGGUCUAUUCUCAUAUUGGAUCAAUAUAGUGUCUUUACCACACUCUCUGUGUGCUGCCCAGCUGUGAAAAGAGGUUUUUGAGGAUUUGUGGAGUUGGAUUCUUGGAUGACAUCAAGUAUUGUUCUGAUGAAGAUAUUAUAUGUCAA